CUUUACAUGAUUCAUACAUUCCAAGUUUUUGUGUUUGGGAGAUUUUCUGUACGUAAUGUUAAAUUGCUACGAUUUCAGUAUGGUUUCAAUUUUUACUUGUACUAUCUUGUCAACUGGCCGGAAUACUACCAGGUGGCGGAGCAUCCAAAUGGACAGAUCAUGGGUUACAUUAUGGGAAAAGCAGAAGGGAGAGAUGAAAAUUGGCACGGUCAUGUUACUGCUUUGUCCGUGGCACCUGAUUAUCGUCGACUUGGACUCGGAGCACGCAUGAUGUCCACUCUUGAGCACAUCUCUGACAUGAAGAAGGCAUAUUUCGUGGAUCUUUUCGUCCGUGUUUCGAACCACGUCGCCAUCACCAUGUAUGAAGCACUUGGAUACGUUGUUUACAGAGAGAUUAUAGAUUAUUACUCAGGACCAAGAGACGAGAAUGCCUAUGAUAUGCGGAAGGCAUUAUCAAUGGACAAGGAGAAGAAAAGUAUGGUACCAUUGCCACAUCCUGUUCAUUCUAAUGAUAUUUAG